GUUCUGUUUCGUUAUCGGAGAACGGAGAUUAUGUUGACCAAGUUCAAGACCAAGAGUAACAGAGUUAAAGGUCUGAGCUUUCACCCUAAAAGACCAUGGAUUCUCGCCAGUUUACACAGUGGUGUGAUCCAGCUCUGGGAUUACCGUGUGGGUACCUUGAUCGAUAAGUUUGACGGGCACCAAGGACCUGUUCGUGGUGUUCAUUUUCACACUUCACAGCCUCUAUUCGUCUCUGGAGGGGAUGAUUGCAAGAUAAAAGUUUGGAACUACAAAACACACUGGUGUCUUUUCACUCUUCUUGGACAUCUUGAUUAUAUCCGCACGGUUCAGUUUCAUCACGAAUACCCAUGGAUUCUGAGUGCCAGUGACGACCAAACUAUCCGUAUAUGGAACUGGCAAUCACGGACUUGUGUCUCUGUCUUGGCUGCUCACAAUCAUUAUGUUAUGUGUGCUUCUUUCCACCCAAAAGAUGACCUUGUUGUAUCAGCUUCCUUAGAUCAGACUGUUCGUGUUUGGGAAAUUGGUGCUCUUAAGAAGAAGACUGUAUCUCCUUCUGAUGAUAUCAUGAGGUUGGCUGAGAUAAAUAGUGAUCUUUUUGAUAGUGUUGAUGUCACAGUCAAAUACGUCCUUGAAGGUCAUGAAAGAGGUGUAAUUUGGGCUGCUUUUCAUCCCAACCUGCCUCUUAUCGUCUCGGGUUCAGAUGACCGCCAAGUAAAGCUGUGGCGUAUGAAUGAAACUAAAGCUUGGGAGGUGGAUACAUUGCGAGGUCACAUGAAUAAUGUUUCAUCCGUUAUGUUCCAUGCAAAACAAGACAUAAUUGUAUCAAACUCUGAGGAUAACAGCAUCCGUGUCUGGGAUGCUACCAAGCGAACUGAAAUCCAAACUUUUCGCCGUGAACAUGAUCGAUUCUGGAGUCUUGCAGUUCACCCUGAGAUUAAUCUACUAGCAGCAGGACAUGACAAUGGUAUGAUUGUCUUCAAACUUGAGAGAGAACGUCCUGCAUUUGCUUUGAGUGGUGAUUCAUUAUUCUAUGCCAAGGAUAGAUUUUUACGGUGCUAUGAAUAUUCAACUCAAAAAGAUUCCCAAGUUAUUCCUAUACGGAGUCCUGGUACCCCAAGCUUGAAUCAAAGUCCUAGGACUUUAUCGUACAGUCCGACAGAAAAUGCAGUUCUGAUCUUCUCAGAUCUGGAUGGUGGUUCUUACGAGUUGUACAUCAUACCAAAAGACAGAAGCGACGUUGUGCAAGAUGAAAUGCGGGGGAAAGGUGGUUCUGCGGUGUUCAUUGCUCGAAAUCGGUUUGCUGUUCUGGAGAAAAGCACCAGCCAGGUGCUAGUGAAGAAUCUAAAGAAUGAGGUGGUUGAAAAGAGUUCUCUGCCUAUUCCCGCAGACGCUAUCUUUUAUGCUGGGACUGGAAAUUUGCUUUGUAGGUCUGAGGAUAAAGUGGUUAUAUUUGACCUUCAACAAAGGCUUGUUCUUGGUGAGCUUCAGAUACCGUUUCUUAGGUACGUUGUUUGGUCUAACGAUAUGGAGAGUGUUGCUUUGCUCGGCAAACAUUAUAUCAUUAUUGCGAGCAAAAAACUUGCUUUCCAGUGCAUGCUUCAUGAGAGAAUACGUGUGAAAAGUGGAGCAUGGGACGACAAUGGUGUCUUCAUUUACACUACUCUGAACCACAUCAAGUAUUGUCUUCCUAAUGGAGAUAGUGGAAUCAUCAAAACCCUGGAUGUCCCAAUCUACAUCACCAAGGUGUCUGGAAAUACAAUCUUUUGCUUGGACCGGGAUAGGAAAAACAGGGCUAUCACCAUUAAUGCAACGGAAUACAUUUUCAAGCUUGCACUGCUGAGAAAGAGAUAUGAUCAUGUCAUGAGCAUGAUAAAGAACUCCCAGCUAUGUGGACAGGCUAUGAUCGCUUAUCUUCAGCAGAAAGGCUUUCCUGAAGUUGCCCUCCACUUUGUUGAAGACGAGAGGAUCCGAUUCAACUUGGCUCUUGAAAGUGGCAACAUCAGUGUAGCUGUUGCAUCCGCUACAGAGAUUAAUGAGAAAGACCACUGGUAUAGACUCGGAGUGGAGGCUCUUCGUCAAGGAAAUUCUAGAAUUGUUGAGUUUGCGUACCAGCAGACAAAGAACUUUGAGAGGUUAUCUUUUCUAUAUCUCAUUACUGGCAAUUUAGACAAGCUGUCAAAGUUGAUGAAAAUUGCAGAGGUGAAGAACAAUGGUGUUAAGAUACUAGAUAAUGCUGGUCAUUUGCCUCUAGCUUAUAUCACAGCUUCGGUUCAUGGUUUAAAUGACGUCGCUGAGCGACUGGCCAUUGAGUUAGGAGACAACGUGCCCUCAUUGCCUGAAGGGAAAACUCCAUCGCUUCUAAUGCCACCGCCUCCCAUCAUGUGUGGUGGCGAUUGGCCUCUUCUGAGAGUGAUGAAAGGAAUAUUUGAAGGAGGGCUUGAGAGUGCAAACCGAGGAGGGGCUGUUGAUGAAGAAGAAGAAGAUGUUGAAGGCGACUGGGGUGAGGGACUUGACAUGGUAAAUAUUGAUGGAAUGGAGAACACAGAAAUCGAAGCCAUUUUGGACGAUGAAGAAGAUAACGACGGGGUUUGUGAAUGGGGAGGAAUCGGAGACUUGGAUCUUCCAACAGAGUUAGACUCUCUGAAAGUCUCUGUUAGCGCAUGUUCAUCGGUUUUUAUUACCCCUACACAAGGCAUGCCCGUAAGUCAGAUUUGGAGCGAGAAAUCUUCCCUUGCUGCUGAGCAGGCUGCAGCAGGAAGCUUUGACACUGCAAUGCGUUUGCUCCACAGACAGCUUGGCAUAAAGAACUUUGCGCCUUUAAAAUCGAAGUUUCUUGAUCUGUUCAGUGGGAGCCAUAGCUAUCUGCGUGCCUUUUCUUCAUCUCCUGUGGUUCCUCUUGCCAUUGAGCGUGGAUGGAGUGAGUCUUCCAGUCCUAACGUCCGUGGCCCGCCAGCUCUUGUUUUCGAUUUCUCUCAGCUAGAAGCGAAGCUCAAAUCCGGCUACAAAGCCACAACAGCUGGGAAAUUAUCUGAGGCUCUCCGUGUCUUCCUUUCUAUUCUCCAAACCAUCCCAUUGGUGGUAGUUGAGUCAAGAAGAGAAGUCGAUGAUGUUAAGGAACUGGUCAUCAUAGUCAAAGAAUAUGUCCUCGGUCUUCAAAUGGAGCUCAAGAGGAGAGAGAUGAAAGAUGAUCCGGUGAGGCAGCAAGAGCUUGCUGCUUACUUCACUCACUGUAAACUCCAAACACCUCACCUACGGCUCGCGUACUUUAGUGCAAUGACCGUCUGCUACAAGGCAAAGAACAUGGCUACUGCUGCCCACUUCGCCAGAAGUUUGUUGGAUACAAACCCUACUAUUGAGAGCCAGGCCAGGACGGCUAGACAAGUUAUGCAAGCUGCUGACCGCAACAUGACAGAUGCAACCGCGCUCAACUACGACUUUAGAAACCCGUUUGUGAUAUGCGGGUCCACUUACGUGCCAAUCUACAAAGGACAGAAAGAUGUGGCAUGUCCUUAUUGCACUGCCCGGUUUGUACCAAGCCAGGAAGGAAACAUUUGCACAGUCUGCGAUCUUGCAGUCAUUGGUGCAGAUGCUUCUGGUUUGCUAUGCUCUCCGUCUCAAGUCCUAUGAAGAAAUUAAGAUUCAUAUCUUGGAGAGUUCUUGAGGUCCUCUGCAUCAGUGGACGA